AUGGCUUCAUAUCUUGUUACAGGCUGCUCGAGAGGGCUUGGACUUGCACUGAUCACCCGACUGGUGACAUUUCCGAAGACCGAAGUGGGAACUAUCAUCGCCACAGCACGUCAGGACAACUCAUCUCAACUGAAAGAAUUAGUGGAUGCAUCCUCAGGGAGAGUACAAUUCAUAAGCCUCGAUGUCACAGAUCUAGAGAGUGUGAAUGAGGCUGCUGGGAUAGUUGAGCACCGGCUACAGGAAAGGGGCCUCGACUAUCUGAUCAACAACGCGGGAGUGAUGGAUUGGUCACCAAAGGGAAUGGAGGGAAUGGAUAACCUCCAUGAAGUAUUGAAUGUCAACACCACCGCGCCCCACCUUGUCUCGCGGGCUUUCCUGUCGCUCCUUCGCAGAGGCAAGAAAAGAACCGUUAUCAACAUAUCUACAACCCUUGCAUCCAUGACCAUGGCCGACAAUUUUCGACUGUUGCCCUCACCAGCAUACAAAAUUUCAAAGGCUGCACUGAACAUGCUAACAGUCCAGUAUGCCAAACAAUAUGCCAAUGAUGGAUUUACCUUUCUUGGAAUCAGCCCUGGGUGGCUUCGUACGGAUCUUGGAAGCCCUCGUGCGGAUCUUUCAGUUGAAUUAGGGGCUGAAAAAGUGUUGGAAAUUAUCCAAAAAUCAACGCCAAAGCAGAAUGGGAAGUUCCUGAACAUCCAUGUCCCAGGAUGGCAAGCGGCGGAUGGCGCAGAUCAAUACGAUGGCAAAGAGAUUCCUUGGUAA